CUUGCCAUGAUGGCGGCAACCGGCGCCUACGCCUUCAUGGCCCCACCCUCCUCCUCCCCUGGACUCCUAGCUAAUCCUAGAGCUCCCUCGACACCAGUACCCUCCAGCCUGCGCGGAUUCCGAAGAAACGCAGCUGGUGGGCUCAGGAUGGGAGGUUCCAAUGUACCGCGUGUGCCAUAUAAAGCGCCGGGGGAUCAAGUCUACCAGUUCAUGGAUAUCUGGAAUCGCAUGUACAGAGAGCGCAUUCUAUAUAUCGGACAAGAUCUCGACGAUGAGUUCGCCAACCAGAUGAUUGCGGUUUUGCUCUGGCUGAACAACGAGGAUGCUACCCAAGGAGUGCAGAUGUACUUCAACUGUCCUGGCGGAGAGGUCCGUGCUGGACUUGCAGUUUAUGACACCAUGAACAACAUGGACUUUGACGUCACGACCCUCAACCUGGGGAUCGCAGCCUCCAUCAGUGCCUUCCUCUGCGGUGCCGGAAAGAAGGGACAGCGAAUGGCCUUGCCUAACGCUCGCUUCCUCCUUCAGAAUCCCAAGCUUGAGGAUAUGGGACUCUCCCAGGUGUUGUAUGGACAAGCAUCUGACGUAUCGAUCGAGGCGACCGAGAUUCUACGAAUGCGUGAGAAGGUGUUCAAGGGACUUUCAAGAUUUACUGGCCGGAAAUACGAGGAUAUUCGAAAUGACCUGACCCGCGAUCUCUACCUGACUGCUCCUGAGGCCGUAGAAUAUGGAUUGAUUGACAAGGUUCUCCUGCCCCUGAAGCGUACGGAGCAGGAAAUCAAGAAGUACAUCGGAGAAGAUAACAGAAACUUUGGAAGGAUCUAAAGAGUAUUGCGAGGUCAUCGGGUGUUCUUUGACAUGCUUGGAAAAGCGUAAACAGCUAUUGCGCGUGUGGAACCUGCUGAAAUUAAAUUUUCAAAGUAAG